AUGGCGUUUUCUCUUGAACAGUGGGUAAACGAUGAGUUAUACUCAUUGGUUGGCUGCAGUGAUCGCACUGCUGUGCAAUAUAUUUUGGCAUUAGCUCGCAAAUCAACGUGUAAUGACGAUUUGCUACAUCGAUUGCGAAGUACCGACAUUAUGAAAGAUACACCGUCUGUAAGGAAAUUCGUUAACGAACUGUUAUCUCGGGUUCCUCAUGCAGCCCCUAAAAUAGAAAGAACCGUGCAACCUUCAGCGAGUGAGUUGCGUGCUAAAGAAAUUAUGUAUCUAAAUCGGAAUUUGAAAGUGAUGGAAUGGGAUGAUGAUGUAUCAUUCAACAAAAACAAGAAGAAUAAAAAAAUCAACAUUAAGCAUUCACUAAUAGAAAGCGCAAAUGAUGUGAUCGAUCGAAUAAAUGAAGAAGAAAAGCAAGAUCUACGUGAACGCGACGAGCUAGCGGCAAGAAUGAGAAAAAGGGAUCAAGAGAAAACACGUUGCAUUGGGAUGAAAUCCGAGAAAAAAGCGGAAGAAGAGGCUGCCAAAAGGCUGAAACUGGAAACAAUAGAUCGCAAUAAAAUUGUUCCACAUUUGCGAGAGGAAAGCCGAAAACUGUAUCUAGCAAAACGAAAAGACGAUAAACUCGAUGAACUCGAAAAAAUUGUUGAAGACGAUGAACACUUUUUCGCUAAUGAGCAUUUAACGAAACGAGAGAAAUCAGAUAUGAAGUAUCGGAAAGACAUAUUGGAAUACGCACGACAACAUGAACGUGCCGCUGAUUUUCUGAAAAUUAAAAGGUAUCAUGUUCCGGAUUCCAAGACCAAAUCAAUACCUAUGGAUUAUGUAGAAGACUUGGAUGAAAUUUCAAAAGGUGAUGGUAAACGGUGGGAAGAUGAUCGGUUAUCCGCUGCGAUUGCUAAAUAUGGUGCUAAAGAUAAGAAGCGGGAUGAAUUCGAAAUGGUGUUAGACGACGAAAAAGUUGAUUUCAUUCAGGCUUUUCAGAUGCCAGGAUCCUCAAACGUUGAGGAGACAAUGUCGACUGCACAGAGAAAAAAAAUUACUUUAGCUGAAACAAGAAAGACACUUCCAGUUUAUGCUUAUCGCGAGGAGUUUAUACAGGCGGUUCGCGAUCAUCAAAUCCUUAUUAUAGAAGGUGAAACAGGUUCUGGAAAAACUACUCAACUUCCACAGUAUUUAUAUGAAGCGGGUUUCUGUGGGAACAAUAUGAAAAUUGGAUGUACCCAACCUCGAAGAGUAGCAGCGAUGAGUGUAGCAGCACGAGUGGCUGAUGAAAUGGGUGUGAAGCUAGGAAUUGAAGUUCAUUUUGAACUUCUAAUUGUUGGGUAUUCAAUACGCUUCGAAGAUUGUACGUCAGAACGAACAGUCAUCAAGUACUUGACGGAUGGUAUGCUGUUGCGAGAAUUUUUAAAUGAACCUGAUCUAGCCAGUUACAGUGUUAUAAUCAUUGAUGAAGCACAUGAGCGUACGCUUCAUACGGAUAUUUUGUUUGGUUUAGUAAAGGAUAUAGCACGAUUUCGAAAAGAUCUGAAACUCAUGAUUUCUUCUGCAACUCUUGAUGUUGAGAAAUUCUCUACAUUUUUUGAUGAUGCUCCAAUACUAAGGAUACCUGGUCGACGUUUUCCAGUUGAUAUUUAUUACACAAAAGCCCCAGAAGCUGAUUAUCUUGAUGCUGCAAUGGUAUCAAUCUUACAGAUUCAUUUAACGCAACCACUUCCCGGUGAUAUCUUAGUUUUCCUAACUGGUCAGGAAGAAAUCGAAACACUAAUGGAAUCUUUAAUGGAAAGAACGAAAUAUCUGGGGAAAAAGAUCAAGGAACUAAUUGUGUUGCCAAUAUAUGCUAAUCUUCCAUCAGAUCUACAAGCUAAGAUCUUCGAACCAACUCCAUCAGGUGCUAGAAAGGUUGUUUUGGCGACAAACAUAGCUGAGACAUCGAUUACUAUUGAUGGUAUCUCUUACGUGAUUGAUCCAGGUUUUAGCAAACAAAAUUCAUUUGAUGCUCGAAGUGGUGUUGAGCAUUUGCAUGUUGUGACAAUUUCUAAGGCUGCCGCUAAUCAACGUGCUGGAAGAGCUGGUCGCACUGGUCCUGGAAAAUGUUUUCGUUUGUACACAGCAUGGGCAUAUAAAAAUGAAUUGGAAGAUCAGCCUACUCCAGAGAUUCAGCGAAUAAACUUGGGCAACGUUGUGUUAAUGUUGAAAAGCUUAGGCAUACAUGAUUUAGUGCAUUUUGAUUAUUUGGAUCCACCUCCUCAGGAAACAUUGGUAAUAGCUCUUGAACAAUUAUAUGCAUUGGGUGCUUUAAAUCACCAUGGUGAGCUCACGAAAUUGGGACGACGCAUGGCUGAGUUUCCGUGUGAUCCAUGUAUGAGUAAAAUGAUCAUCGCGUCAGAAAAAUAUGGUUGUUCUGAAGAGAUUAUAACCAUUGCUGGAAUGUUAUCUUGUAAUGCAGCGGUAUUUUAUCGUCCCAAAACCCUCGUUAUUCAUGCAGACGCCGCUCGGAAAGGUUUUUGGGUACCAGGCGGUGAUCAUCUUACACUGCUUAAUGUUUACAGUCGCUGGCGUGAUACCAACUAUUCAUCGCAGUGGUGUAUGGAAAAUUUUAUUCAGUACAGGACUAUGAGAAAAGCCCGUGAUGUUCGCGACCAGCUUGAAAGUUUACUAGAGAGAGUUGAGAUUGACCAGGUUUCAAACAAUGACUCUGUAGCAAUCAGGAAAGCAAUCACUGCAGGAUAUUUUUAUAACUGCGCUAAACUUGAUACGAGUGGUCAUUACAAAACAGUAAAGCAUAGACAUACUGUACAUAUUCACCCCAACUCUUCGAUGUUUGAACAAACUCCCCGGUGGAUGAUUUAUUUUGAACUUGUUUUCACAUCUAAAGAAUUUAUGCGUGAGGUUAUUGAAAUCGAAAGUUGUUGGUUAAUGGAAGUUGCACCUCAUUAUUACAAAACGAGAGAAUUAGAAGAUUCAACAAAUCGAAAAAUGCCGAAGCAGAAAGGGAAAACUGCAUUUGACUUGGCGUCGUUGUGA